GUCCGGGUCAUUCAUCCACACUAAAAAGGAAAAGAGAAAGAAGAAAGAAAAGAAAAUUAGAGUAUAGGCCCUAAAUAGUAAAACCAUUCCUCACCUCCCUUCUAUCGCUUUCUUUUCUCCGGCACAGACAAGUACGACCGGCGGCAGGUCUAGGCGGCAGCCCCUCCCCUUCCAGCACCUCUCCGCCAGAUUUUCCCACCUUUAACGGCAAUCAUCAGCGUCUAACCUCGAUACGAAUACCUCCUGCCCGGCGACCGGAAACCUAAUCCCUCGCAUCUUCUUCUCCGACCACGUCUCCUACGCUCCAGCCGGCGCUUAGACCAACAACAUCGAACAUCCACGGCACCGCGGCUUGCACACUAGCGACCCACGAUCAGAUCUGCUGUGACAGCGACCUCCUCGAUUCGUGACGGCCAGGCAUAUCUUCGCUGAUUAACUAGGGUCCGUAAUGACCCAGUCGGCCCUAGUUUAGCAUUUUCCAAUCCAUAACGACUUCAAAUAAGCAGGAUUAAGCGUAUUCGGACACCAAUCAUCCAAGAUUCAAGUUGGUUUGGGUAGGAUUCAGUGGAUUGACAGAGUUGGAGGUAGAGAAAUAUGCCUCAGAGACACUCAAAAAACAAUAAUGAUCUAGCCUUCUUCACCUAUGAUGAGAAGCGGAAGCUCGGCUAUGGGACACAAAAAGAGAGACUUGGAAAGGACUCGAUCAAGCCCUUCGAUGUCUGUUGCCUAUGCUUAAAACCCUUCAUCGACCCCAUGUGUUGUCAAAAGGGUCACACAUUUUGUAAAGAAUGCAUUCUUGAGUGCCUUUUGUCUCAGAAGAAAGAUAAUCAAAGGAAGCUUGCUGCAUAUACUGCUCAGCAGAAGCAAGAGAAGGAAGAAGCAGAAGAGAAACUGAUGCAACAGAAAGUUAGGGAGCUUGAUGCAUUUGAUCAGCAAAAUCAUGGUGCUGUACCACAAUACAAUGAUCGAAACCAGAAUCAGGAUAAAAAUGGUUUCCAUGGGGCAAAUAGUGUGAAGGUUACAUCUUACGAAGAAGAAGCACUUCGGACCAUGAAGGCAUUUUGGCUGCCUUCAGCCACACCAGAAGCUCCUGUUAAAGCAGGAGCCCCUCCAAGCAGUACAUUUUGUCCAGAAGGCAACGAGAAACUUAAGCUAAAGUCCCUUUUCUCAAUACAUUUCACAGAGGACAAUAGCGAGAAGAAGAAAUCAAAAUCAUACGACGUUACAUACAUAUGCCCUAGUUGUAAGGUUACUCUAACAAAUACAAUGGCUCUUGUGGCGCUAGGGACAUGUGGCCAUGUCUUCUGUAAGAAAUGUGCUGAUAAGUUUAUGGCUGUGGACAAAGUUUGCCUUGUCUGCAACAAAGGAUGUAAAGUAAGGAAUUUGGUGAAUUUAGAGAAAGGAGGCACCGGGUUUGCUGGCCAUGGAGAUGCACUUGAAGCAAGAGACUUCAAGCAUUUGGGAAGCGGUUCUGGUUUGGGGCUGGUAAGGCCUGCCAUGAAGACUUGAGAGCAAGUCUUUGAUUAGGAAACUAGAACCAACUUGCCCUAGCUACUUCAUGAUUGUGAUUUUCUUCCAUAAAUCCUAUCUUACUUUCUUAUUUUCUUAACUAAUUAGUGUGUGGUCUUGUAAAAUGGAAAUAUCAAUAUUGAAUCUUUGCGUUCUUUAUGAAAAAAAAGAAGUUUUUGUUGCUUUUAAAUUGUGAUUUAUCAACAAUAUUCUUCAAAAUUAGAAUAACCAAAGCUUGGAGGCUUUCUUAUA